GCAACGCCGCUUCUUCCAACCGGCACGAGCAGCAUUCGGCCGCCAACUCUCAGGCCAUGACGGAAGUCUGUUUGACUCCCCACUCCGAUGACCCCAAGGAUGCGACCAUGGACAGUUUGGGGCGGAAGUCCGGUGACAGAGAAGUAUGGGGCAAGAAGGCCGAUUUCCUGCUGUCCGUGAUUGGAUUUGCUGUGGACCUGUCGAAUGUGUGGCGCUUCCCAUACCUCUGCUACGCCUACGGCGGCGGCGCGUUUUUGGUGCCGUACCUGAUCAUGCUGGCGGUGGGUGGCAUUCCGCUCUUCUUCAUGGAGCUUGCCCUUGGCCAGUACCACCGCAAGGGCGCCAUCACCUGCUGGGGAAGGCUGGUGCCCCUCUUCAAAGGCGUGGGUUACACGGUGGUGAUGAUUGCCUUCUACGUGGACUUCUACUACAACGUGAUCAUCGCCUGGGCGCUCUACUACCUGGUGGCCUCUUUCAAUACCGAGCUGCCGUGGACCAACUGCAACAACUCGUGGAACACGGACCACUGCCUCGAGCUGGCUUACGGCCAGCGCCUUCUCAGGCUUCCGGCCAACGAGAGCUCGACGCCUUUGGACGAGGGCGUCGACGGCCGUGACGCCAACGCCACCAACGACACGGACAGGGCAGUCGCCGUCGACCUCAGGGCCAACUACACCACUCCGGCCGAGGAGUACUUCACACGUCACCUUCUGCAGCUUCAGUACAGUUCGGGCAUCGACGACCUCGGUUCCAUCAAGUGGGACAUGGCGCUGUGCCUGCUCGCCGUCUACGUGAUUUGCUACUUCAGUCUCUGGAAAGGAAUCUCCACCUCCGGAAAGGUGGUUUGGUUCACGGCGCUGUUCCCGUACUGCGUGCUUUUCAUCCUGCUUAUCCGUGGCACCACACUACCCGGGGCGGCCCAGGGAAUCGCAUAUUACCUGACGCCAGACUUCAGCGUGCUCGCUAACCCGAGGGUUUGGGUGGAUGCGGCCACUCAGGUAUUCUUCUCCCUGGGUCCCGGCUUCGGCGUCCUGCUGGCAUUCUCCAGCUACAACGAAUUCCACAACAACGUCUACAGGGACGCGUUGCUGACAAGUGCGGUGAACAGCGCCACCAGUUUCCUGGCGGGCUUCGUCAUCUUCAGCGUGCUGGGCUACAUGGCCCACCGCGCAGACAUACCCAUCGAGAAGGUGGCCACCGAAGGCAAGCUUUUCUCGUCUCAUUCCACUUUCGGCGGUUCCGAGGCGAUCAUCACGGGCUUCAGCGACGAGUACCCCUUCGUGAAGAGGAACAGAGAGCUGUUCGUGGCGGGGCUCUUCACUCUCUACUACAUCAUCGGACUCGCCAGCUGCACGCAGGGCGGCGUUUACGUGGUGAACAUGCUUGACCGCUACGCCGCUAGCUACUCCAUCCUCAUCGCAGUCUUCUUCGAGGCCGUGGCGGUCUCUUGGAUCUAUGGCAUCCGAAGGUUCUCGGACGACAUCAAGGAGAUGCUGGGCUUCCCCGUCGGCUCGUGGUGGAAAUUCUGCUGGGCCGUCGUGGCGCCUUUCUUCAUACUGGUGAUCAUCGCCAGCGGCCUGGUGAACUACGAGCGGCUGUCGUACAACGAGUACAAGUACCCGUGGAGUGCCGACGCGGUGGGAAUCUGCGUAGCUGCCUCGUCGGUGCUCUGCAUACCGGCCUUCGCCAUCUGGAACCUCAUCCGGACGCCCGGAACACUGGCACAGCGGCUUCGGCGGUUAACCACGCCGUGGCGUGACCAGGAAUGCGACUUCAAGAAGGACGCCGGUGCCUUGACUUCCAGUCCACCUCCGGUCAGCGUCUAA